CGAGCCAGGCUGGAAGCGCGUCACAUGCUAUAUGGGUCACUUGAAGAAGAUUUUAAUAAGAUUAGAUCAUAUAUAGGCCAUCUUGUGAAAGUUGACCUGCAAGGAUCCUUUCUUCUCGAGGUGGAUGUAGAUCCGAGCAGUGACAAGGUGUUCUUCAAGAGACUCUAUAUUGGUUUCUCCCGUUUGAGCAAAGAUUCCUGGCAGGAUGUAGACCCUUCUUCUGCCUCGAUGGUUGUUUCUUAAAGAGGGAGGUUGAAGGAAUUCUUCUAUCUUCAGUUGGGAAGGAUGGGAACAACCACAUGUUCCCAAUUGCAUGGGCAAUAAUGGAGUCUGAGAACAAAUCCUCUUGGAUUUGGUUCAUAAAUGCGUUGCAAAACCAACUUGGUACAACUUACGGUAGUGGGUUUACUAUUGUCUCAGACCAACAGAAGAGGCUUGUAGAGGCUCUACAUGCUUGCUUGCCAAAUGCGGAACACCAAAAAUGUGCUCGGCAAGUGCAUGCUCACUUUCGAGAGAAGCAUAAGAUGACAAUAGCUAGUGAUCUGUAUUGGGAAGCUGUCUACUCUCUCAAUGAGCCAGAUUGGAGG